AUGAAGGUCAACUCUGUUCUUUUAAAUGGAACAGUAUAUAUUCCUGAGGAGCAGGUUGGACAAGUUUCAUCAACAUCUACCAACGAUUCCAUUGUAGAGAAAUCAACUGAACAAGGUUCACCAAGAUUGGGAUUUGCUUGGCUUCAAGCUCGCAGAAAGGCUUUCUGCAAACGUUCAUGUAAAUCAACGUCGGAUAAUAUUCCAAUUCUGGCAUGCCUUAUAAGGUGCCCUGAAGUGAUUCUACGACAGGCUACAAAGCCACCAGUAUUACCGGAAUCAUACGUUACACAAGUACCGGUACGUCCAGUACUGAAACCAAUAGGGAGACCAAUCCCAAGACCGGGAUCUGUUUCGGCAUGGGGAACCAACGCCGGAAGCCAAGACGGCGUAAACAAGGAAUACGGCGCAAACAAGCCAGACGGUGCAAACAAGCAAGACGGCGCAAACAAGCAAGACGACCCAAACAAGCCAGACGUCGCAAAUAAACAAGACGGCGCCAAUAAGCCAGAGGGCGCAAACAAGCCAGAUGAAGCAAGCAAGACGGCGCAAACAACCCAGACGACACCAACAAGCCCGACGACACCAACAAGCCCGACGACACCAACAAGCCAGAAGACACCAACACGCCAGACGACACCAAUAAGCCAGACAACGCAAACAAACCAGACAACGCCAACAAGCCAGACGACGCAGACAAGCCAGGCGACACCAACAAGCCAGACGACGCGAACAAGCCAGACGACGCAAACAAGUCCGACGACAUCAAUAAGACAGACGACGCCAACAAGCCCGACGACACCAACAAGCCAGACAACGCCAACAAGCCAGACGACGCCAACAAGCCCGACGACACCAACAAGCCACACGACGCCAACAAGCCCGACGACACCAACAAGCCAGACGACGCAGACAAGCCAGACGACGCAAACAAACCAGACGACGCAAACAAGCCAGACGACGCAGACAAGCCAGACGACGCAGAUAAGCCAGACGACGCGAACAAGCCCGACGACACCAACAAGCCCGACGACACCAAUAAGCCAGAAGACACCAACAAGCCAGACUACACCAACAAGCCCGACGACGCCAACCAGCUCGACGACGCCAACAAGCCAGACGACGCAAACUAGCCAGGCGACACCAACAAGCCAGACGACGCGAACAAGCCAGACGACGCAAACAAGCCAGACGACACCAACAAGCCAGUCGACACCAACAAGCCAGACGACGCGAACAAGCCCGACGACACCAACAAGCCAGACGACGCGAACAAGCUCGACGACACCAACAAGCCAGAUGACGCCAAUAAGCCAGACGACGCAAACAAGCCAGACGACACCAACAACCCAGACGACGCAAACAAGCCACACGACGCCAACAAGCCCGACGACACCAACAAGCCAGACGACGCAGACAAGCCAGACGACGCAAACAAACCAGACGACGCAAACAAGCCAGACGACGCAGACAAGCCAGACGACGCGAACAAGCCCGACGACACCAACCAGCUCGACGACGCCAACAAGCCAGACGACACGAACAAGCCAGUCGACACGAACAAGCCAGACGACACCAACAAGCCAGACGACGCAAACAAGCCAGACGACGCAGACAAGCCAGACGACACCAACCAGCUCGACGACGCCAACAAGCCAGACGACGCAAACUAGCCAGGCGACACCAACAAGCCCGACGACGCCAACCAGCUCGACGACACCAAUAAGCUAG